UUUACAUUUGAUGGAACAGUGCAACCGAUCAUGAUUAAAGCCGAGGUGAAGGCUAGUAUGAAAAACCAUAAUUACAACAUUGAGAUAUCAUUUGAUCUUGAGGAGGGCGUUAAAGACGCAUAUUGCACUUGCCCAAGGGGUACUGUUUCCUGCCACCAUAUGGCAGCUGUACUUUAUUAUGCACAUUAUAACAUAAGUGUAACUGAUAUGCAAUGCCAAUGGAGUGUUCCUCGUGCAAAGCGUCAUCACGAAGAUAACAUAGUUAAGCUAAAAGAUGUCCACCAACUCAAGAAGCCAUAUAAAGCAGUUGAACGAUGUGCUACCGAAAAUGAAAUUGCCCAGUUGCGUAAUGACUUGGGAAACACCAAUGUUGUGGGCUUUGCUUGGCUCCUCAGACCUGAAGUCACCCAUGAAGCUACCCUGAUAAUUCCCGAUGUUGAGGCAGUUUUGCAGAGUGCAGAAUAUCAAACGAUAAAGGGCGGUUUAUUUCUGAAAAGUGUGCAGUAUCACAAGAAAUCAUUUGUACCAUUGAAAAAAUUACACGUGGGCAGCAUACUAACGACAACUGGCAUCUAGCCAGGAAACACAGGUUGACAGCGAGUAGGUUUGGGAUGGUAUUGUCAGCCUGUAAAAGAAACCGAUUUCCACCAUCUCUAUUUAAAAGUCUCGCUGAAGGCUAUAGCCUUGAAAGGAUUGCUGCCGUCCAGUGGGGGAAGGCUCAUGAACAAGAAGCCUUAAAGGAAUUUUCAGUGGCUGUAAAUGUCACUGUUGAACAAACAGGCCUGUGGUUGGAUUCAUCUGGUAUUUUGGGAGCUAGCCCUGAUGGAUUAGUGGGUUCAGAUGCCCUUGUAGAAGUGAAAUGUCCAUAUAAAUAUAGAGACGUGGAUAAUUUACAUGAUGCCCUAAAUGACCAGACAUAUUUUUAUUAUUAUGACGAAAAUAAGGAACUAGUUAUAAAUGGUAGCCAUAACUAUUAUCAUCAAGCCCAAGGACAAAUGUAUCUGACUGGCAGUACUAGAUGUCACUUUGUGGUAUGGACACCUCGGUAUACUGAUAUAUUCGAGAUAAAAAAGGAUUCUGAGUAGAUUAGUA